UCCAGAGGCCCCAUUCCAGUGAAAGUGAAAAUCAAUCGGCAGUCGGAAAGGGGCGAAGAGCACAACAAAGAAUUUGAUAACUUGCCCGAGGGUGAGCGAUGCAGGAGGGGAGCUUUAUUUUUACCUUUCUCCCACACAAACACUCCCCUCACUCUCGGUUACCGUACAAUCACAGUUGUCAAAAAACUGCUCGAAAUGUUGCAGCAAGUUCUGCGCAGCCGCAAAAACGAAUUGCUCACAAACGCUUCAUGCGAUACGCGAACAGAAUGCGCGUUAGAAGUGUCAAACCCCGCGCGGACACUGCCGGUAAAACGGCAAACAAUUAGCGCCCCGUGCCUGUGGGAAAAAAGCGUGGUGUGGGAAAGUGUGAUCAGUUGCUCCACGCGAUCCGGUGCAGCCUGCGAAAAGCGCAAUUAAGUGAGGCAUGCAAUGUGUGCCCGCUAAACACACUGAUCAGCCGCUAAAUAGUGGAUGGAAAAUGGAGAGCUCUGCUUUGUUCAUCAUUCUGGAUCGGACGAGUUCUAGAGUGUGUUUGUGUGUUUGCAGAAACAAUAAAAAAAACGAUACUAAUUACAUUUAAAUGAGCCCGUAAGCGAUCCGUAACGGGUGGCUAUAGUUUUGGUGCUUGUUGCAUGCCGCUUUGGUUCGCCAAGCUUGAUACAUAUUUAAUUGAGACGGCUUAAAAGUAAACUGUUUUUCACAAGCGAAGAGAAACCCGAAGCAAAUAUUUGUUUUAUACAGUCUCACAAAUGCGUCAGAAGGUUUGAAACCGCAUGAGGUGGAACUUUACCUCACAGUCACAACAGACUCUGAACGGAGCGGCGCAAACAAUCAGCUGUGAUAGUUUAAUCAGUGUAUAAAAGCGAAACCUACUAUCUUGAUAAUGAACAUUGUUGAUAAGAUUGGGCACGUAAAUAUGGGAUGGUUGUGUGGAUGUUAGGUUUACCUAUCACACCCAUCUUCUAAGCUUCCCUUCCCGUCAUUCCAAAAUCCGUCCAACCGACGCCAACGAACGGUCUAGAGCCAGAGCAGCAGUUCUCCAUCACUCAUCCCGUCUUAUAGGCAAAGCAGUACUUUGCCCAUCUCAUGACGGCGAUCAGCGUACCGUGUGACGUCGGCACGGGCGCGGAGCUGGAUACACACCUACCCCCUUGGUUCGACGAGGCAAAGUUUAAGCGCGGCCAGAAGUUCUACACCGACAAUCGGUUCGGCAUACUGCAGGCCAACUUCUGUAGCCUACUGGUACUGCUGGCCGAUCCGAAGGGGUUGCGCAUUCUGGAGCAUACGGGCAAGUCGAGCACGACGGAAACUGCCCGCAAGCGUUACGUGUCUACCUUCAUUCACAUGAGCGAUUGGUACGAGUGUGAGCUGGUGCCGGGAUCAAAAUCAUGGAAGUCACUCACGCAGGUACGCCGCAUGCAUCUGAGCGCUUCGAACAGCGCCAAAAAGCGCAACCUUGGCUUCAUCAGCCAACCGGAAAUGGCACUCACGACGUUCGGUUUCAUGGGUUUCCCGCUGGUGCGGCCGCAUCUGCUCGGCAUUCGGUACGACAAUCGCGAAGAUCGGGAAGCCUUCGUCCACUUCUGGGCGGUGAUUGGUUUCAUGCUGGGCGUGCAGGACGAGUACAACAUGUGCCUGUUCCGGCUGGAGGUGGUCGAGAUGAUCUGCCACGUGGUGAUACGGUACGUGUUUGUGCCGUCGCUGCAGCUCGAAACGCAGCUCCUGCGCCACAUGAUGGGUGCGAUCGUGGACGCGUUCGCCCCGUACAUGCCGUUCGUUUCGUACGAAAGCGUCAUGUUUCUGACGCGCCGGCUCGUUGGCAUUCCGGGCUACCAGUACGGUGCGGAUAUGAGCAAGGAGUACAUCUGCCGGGCGCUACUGACGCAGGCAGAGCUAGACGCAGUGCUAGAGCAGAUGACACCGAGGGAUGGUUACCGACAGGUGGAGGCAAUGUAUCGUGCCAUAUUUAGUGAAAAGCUGCGCAUCUACACGAUCAAGGAGCUGACGGAUGAGAUCAAUGAGAACUAUAUUGAGACGGUCGGUUUGGAUGGAACGAAUGGGACGUAUACGCAGCUCGUGGGCGAGGAAGAACGAAAACCAUCAGCCGAGCGACAGAUGCGCGAGCUGAUGGGGCUGAAGCACAACCAGCAGCUGGUAGUGACGACGGUUGACGAUGAAAGCGAGUGGGCUGCGUACAAGGGUGAUAAUAAGCUGAAGCUGCUGCCCGCCCGGGAUCAAACGAACGUUCGUGUGACGGCACAGAUGCUCAACAGUUGCUACAGUAUGCUUGGGCGGUUUGCCAACGAGACGGCGUUGUCGUUCAUUCUUUAUCGAAUUAAGCGCCUGCAGGGAAAGUGAGGUUGUGGCAGGGCAGCCGUGAGCAUGACAUGUAGGCCUUUAGUGUAGUUGCAGCAGUACAAAUAAUACACACUUCAACGAACAGGUUUAUCGAAGAGCAAUGAGGGCGCUUGAGCUAGAUUUUAACGAUUAGUAGGUUUUACUUAGAAAAUAGUGUAUGGAGGUAGCGAAGAUGGGAUAUAUUUUGAUUAAGGAAUAAGGAAGAAAGAAAACAGGGAACGAAUGGUAAUCCAAAGCAAUACAAUUGAUAUAUUUUGAGGCAUCAAAACCAUCAAAGUAGUUGGAGCAUUGUUUUUUUUUGGGAAUAAACAACUCUUGUGAAAGCUUGGCUUUCGCGUCAU